CUCCGUGACCGCUCAUAUUCAUGCCUCUGCUGGUUCCCUCAGUCUCCAGUGUCGAGCUAUAGUGCAUACAUAACGUCCCGUAACCGCCCGCCCACUCCCCUGGUCCCCUUCUCCCAAGUUUUGCGACCUGUGUAUUAUCUCCUCGACACAACGAGAUUUAUGUUUCCUUUAUCUGUUUCUCUUUGUUUCAAGGCGUCUCCUUGAUCGUGCUUAGGCACUGAGUUCUAAAGAAGCGACCGCCGGCGACGGCCAUAUCAAGCAUUAGCCAGCCGAUACAGACAACCUCACCAACAGUAUUCGGUGCCUGGUAGCAUCAACUACUUGAUAUCUGCUGACAUAACUCCCAAAUGGAGUACACGUCUUUCCGAGGCGGAGACCGCCUUACAUACUCACAAAUGCGACAGCAACCCUUACCUCGGGACACCUUCUUCAGCCUUAAGAAUGAUUCUCAACUACUAGAUCGACCAAUUUCAGUGGCAACCGAGUUUGUGGACACGGACUGGGAAGAAGAGGAUGAAAUCAUUAGCGAUGAGGAGGACAAUUCGCCUCGUAUAAGUUUGCAAUCGGCUGGACAGCCUAGUUUCACAACAGUUUCUUCCUACGAUGAGGUCCCGACGCCAAGAUCGAGUAGAAGCCAAGAAGUUCCGCUUGAUUAUUCUCCGAAGCAGGUUGAAGGCCCUCGAGGUCCUCAUCUUUUUCGGAACUCGACUGACCAAUACUCUGCCACCGAAGAGGACAUCAUUCUGACAUUAUCACCCAUCACUCCCAAGGGACCUCGGAACAUCGCGGACUUUCUCAUGACAUCCCAACCACCACCGACACGAACCAGUCCUUUCCAGUACACUGAUGCGGAACUGGACACGACGACUCUGGCAUCAUGGUCCACUGAGAUGGUUGCGCAGGCUAUGCUCAAUGCUGGCGUUGAGCUGUCCGUGGCAGACCGAUUCAUGGAGAAUGAUAUCAGCGGUGCAAUUCUGAUAACGCUCAAGUUUGAAGAUCUCAAGGAGCUUAACAUCCAAUCGUUCGGUAUUAGAACCAAAGUCUGGCAUCAAAUCCAAGCUCUCAGAGACAGCAGACCUGCAUCACCUCGUCCGGAAACACCAAUUGAAGAUGUUCCAAGCAAGGAAGUUGCCAGAGAAGCGCGAAGAGGGGAAGAAGGUGGUCUUAAGCGUCGUCAGAGCAGCAAGCGACGUCAUCGUGCAAGGACAAAUGGAGACGAUAUUACCCCCAUGGAGUCAGUGUCUAUCAUCGGUAUUGAACAAGUUAUCCCAAAGCCCCAUCACUGUUCCAAGGGGGAGAACUGUUCCAGAUUCAGAAAGCAACAGCAGCUUAUCAGGGCUUUCAAGAAAGAAUAUCCACACGUGGAUAUUAAUGCCACUGGUACAGUCAUGGUUGGAGAUGCUGGCAACCCAGAGACGGCCAAGGCAUUGGACCCUAACAAGGUUCGUCCCGUAUCGGACGCUGUACCUUCUGUUGUCGCCUCCUCGGACGUCAUGGGUCCUGGAAUGCCUCCUCUACAGUAUCUUUAUGAGGCAUCUCUCCGUGGCGUUCAGUCAAGAGAUCCUCAAGACAAUGUCAGACAAUUCCUUAGCUUUCAGCACCAACAGCAGGGAGACUGCAGCGCCGAGGUGCCUCCAACGCCUCCGUUUGAUGGUAUGCCAACCGCACAGGCCCAGCUUCCUCACCAAGGUCUGCGCCGACUCCCUAAACUGUCCAUUCCUGGGAAGCCUCAGCCUCCUCCGUCCCGUCUUGGUGCUUCUUCAGUGCCUCCCCCUCAGAAGAAGCCCACGCAGUCAUUUGCUCAACAUCAACAGCAAUUGCAACAGCAACAACAGCCCGCCUUUGUCCCCUACCAGAUGGAGAAGACCAGCCCUCGAUCUCCUGAUCUGGAGAUGACACCUAGGAACAGCUUCCGCCAUGGGACACCAUUCUCGGAGCUUGAUGUUCCCAUUACGGCUGUACCCAUUGGCCCAGUAGCUCGAGAUUUCUCCCAAUCUGUCCCCCCUGACAUGAACUACCGCACAUCUCCAACUACCAAUGUCUCCCCUCCCCGCUGCCAGUCUCGCACUUCAGCCCGCCGCCCCUCUUUCCCUGUGAUGCCCGCUCUCGAGGAGAACAAGCCUGUUCUCGUUAGCCGCCCUCCCCAAGGCUGCUCCUCACCACAGUCCCCACGAGGUUCACGAUCUCAGCAGCCUCUUCAGCCACCCCCCCGUGAUAACUUGCCCUUCUCCCGUGGCCAUCUCAAUGGCUCCGAGAAAGUCCUGGCACCAACUGUCACACCUCUUGGUGCGAGGGGCAAGUCUCCCUCUGCCGACCCUGCUAAUGGCAUUAGUCACCAAGGUCCCAUGAAGAAGCGCAAGACAAAGAUGCUUCGGCAUGAGUGGCAGGACGGCUACUUUACUCUGAAGGGUACUCGUCUCAAUAUGCACAAGGAUGCCGAGGAGCUCGACCGGACCCUUGAGUAUGUGGACAUUGACGAUUACGCAAUUGCCUGCUCAAGCGUUGCAUCCUCUUCAAAGCUCACUGCUGCUUUCAAGACGAUGCAUCUUUCUCGUGGAAGCCACAGCCGCGAGAAGAGUGACCCUGUUGGUGCCUUUGCUUUCCAGCUCAUCCCUCAAGAGAAGAAUACUGCCCGCCUUCGGAAGCGUGAGAGCCAUCUUCAACCUGCCGGUACCAUCCCCUCAGAGGGUGUCAAUGGCACAGGCAAGACGCAUCACUUUGCUGUCAAGAACCGAGAUGACCGCAUCGACUGGAUGCGAGAGCUUAUGCUCGCAAAGGCGCUCAGACAAAAGGGCGAGGGUUUUGAAAUCAGCGUUAACGGAAACAUGAUCUAAACCACCUCAUCCGCCACCUUUCCAUCAGUUGCCAAAACUCUACUUUGCGUUGAUUUCAUUUCGAUACCGUUGACCUGAUACCCUCCACUGAUGGUUAUUGGGACUCGGGGCUUUUCUCUUUGUACUGGUGUUUCUUUUGUAUUCUUACAUGCCAGGUCGUACAACCACUGUGCGAUACUUGCUGCGGCUCUCUCGCGGGAUGCUUACACAGCGGAUGAAUCUUAGCUCGAGAUGAGCAAAUGAUGUCUUUUUUGCGUAUUGGAAUUUGCAUACUCAGGAAGUUCUCUUGAUUGAUAGGCCAUUGCUCCAGUUGAACGAGCUGCCUUCGUUUUAUACCAUUCGCACACGACUCUAGAAAACUCAGCACUGCACAGCCCACUCCCUGAAAUUUCUUUUCUUUACUUCACGAAGGAUGACGCAGAUACCACACAGCGCUUGUUGAUCUUUUACUUCAUAUAGGUAGCUCGGGCUAGCUUCUUAGGAUAGGAAAAGAAAAUGACAUGAUGAAUUACAAUAUUGUCUUCAA